AUGUCCUCUUUUAGUGUUGGACUUAAAAAAAUUUAUCUCCCAAAUAUAAUUUUUCGUCUCAUGCGCACACCAACUCUACCACCAAAUCAAGUGGUAUUUCGUGUUCCGCCUAAUAUUAACAAGUUUGAUAUUCGUGAUUAUUUAUUUCACAUAUAUAAACUUAAAGUCGUUGAUGUGCGUACGAUGAAUUAUGGAGCAAAACAUCCAGUUAAGAAAUCUGAUGGUAGUUUGAGAGGUAAAUUUACAUCGAAAUAUAAAAAAGCAAUCGUUACAUUAGCAGAAGAUUUCGCUUAUCCACCGAAACCUAAUAAAUCUGAAUUGGAGCAUUAUAAUAACAGAGCAGAGAUCGAUAGGUUGAGAUUUAGAAGACUGGCAGGAUGGAAAAGCAGACCACAAAGAUUAAACACGAGAAUUGAAAUGAUGAGAAAAGAAGAUCAAUAA